UUAAUGAUGGCGGGGUUGGGGUGGGGUAGAUAAAGUGAGCGGAAGUUGUUAUCAGGAGACUGGUUGGAUCACCUGAGGGAGUGAGUGUGUGACGCCCUCCGAGGGACCUGCCACCGCCUGCACCUCGUCCCCAUGCUGCCGCCACCAUGAUUCUGCUGGAGAUAAACAACAGAAUUCUCGAGGAGACGCUCACCGUGAAGAUUAGGAACAGUUUAAAUGGGCAGAAACCCGAGUCCGUCGACGUCACUAUAGCAGACUUUGCCAGUGUGUUGUACCACGUGUCAAACCUCAACGGUGAUAAGACCAAGAUUCGGGUGAGCAUAUCCCUGAAGUUCUACAAGGAGCUGCAGGAGCAUGGGGCCGACGAGCUCAUCCAGAAGGAGUAUGGCAGUCUGCUCUUAUCUGAGGCAGAGUCCGGUUACAACAUCUCCCUCUUAGUGGAUCUUGAAAACCUCCCCAAUGACUGGCAGGCGUUAGUCAAAAAGAUUGGGUUGUUAAAGAGGAACUGCUUUGCGUCGGUCUUCCAGAAGUACUUUGAGUUCCAGGAGCAGGGUCUGGAAGGACAGAAGAAGGCUAUCAUCCACUACAGAGAUGAUGAGACUAUGUAUGUUGAGGCGAAGGCAGACAGAGUGACAGUGGUGUUCAGCACAAUCUUCAAGGACCCUGACGACGUGGUGAUUGGGAAGGUGUUCAUGCAGGAGUUCAAGGAGGGGAAGAGAGGGAGUCAGACAGCCCCACAUGUGCUUUUCUCUCACAAGGAACCACCACUAGAACUACAAGAUACAGAAGCUAGACAAGGAGAAAAUAUUGGUUAUGUCACUUUUGUGUUAUUUCCCCGGCACACCUGUAAGACGGCCAGAGACAACACCAUAAACCUCAUCCACAUAUUCCGGGACUACCUGCAUUACCACAUCAAGUGCUCCAAGGCCUACAUCCACACCAGGAUGCGAGCCAAAACCAGUGACUUCCUCAAGGUCCUCAACAGAGCGCGCCCUGAACCAAACAAGUCUUCAGGAGAAAAGAAGACUGCAUCCAGUAUGAGAAUUGGUGGCUGGCAAUUCUCCAUAGGGGGUCUAGUACCCCCGGCUCUCUCCCCUGUAGAGGAGGUCGAUCCUUUGUGCGCUCCAACUGAUAGUGGAUGUUAGUUCAUGUUGAACUGGACGAACACGAUCAACAUCAACAUCUUGCUGUGAUUGGCUGCCGGGAGAGUCCAGGGCACACUUUGUUGAGCUCCAUACUAGUGUUAGGACUCGCAUACCAUCGUCAGUUGUUUUUCUUUUCUUUUAAUCUUUUUUCUUUUUUUCUUUCUAUUUAGUUUUGAUUGAGUAAAUGUUUUUAAUAGUGAAGGACUUGUGGAUCCUGGUGCUGGACUCAAGUACUACUGCAUCACACUGGUGUACUUGUGGCAUUGUUGUAUUGCACAAAGUGAUAAGUGAAUCCCAGAAUUGCAUUAGCUGCUUUUCUAUUUGCCAUGCAGCUUCCAUAUCCUGAAGAGUGGGACACUGAGACUCAGGUUGUUGUUAUAUAUAAUUAGUAUCAUUAUUUUAUUACCAUUAUUACUUAUUAUUAAUUAUAUCAUCAUCUCUGGCUCUCUGGCAUUCCCUGGUUCCUGUUUCACGUCUGGACGAGUCGAGGGCAUCGGUCACCAAUCCCACUUUCUGUAUAGCCUACAGUUAAUAUAUGCCUAGUUAUACAGUUACUGGAGUAUUUAUCAGUUAUUCAAUUGGGACAGUGAGUCUCUAUUUCCCACACUUGAGGAUGUGGAGCUCCUUAACAUAACUCGGGUAAGCCGCCGCCGCCGCUGCUGCCACCGCCGCUAUCCUCGUCCACCUCUCUUCCCCCUGUGGCCAUAAUGUUUCUUCCAGUCUUAGGAGUCCCUGUGGGGAGUCACUGUGGGGUCCUGAGCUUCUUAUUUAGGAGAUAACUGGAGUGGAAAUGGUGGCAAGUCGUGCGGCUUCAAAACACCAAAGCUUUGUUGGCUUCUUUGUUUUCAUUAGUUCUUUCCUUCUUGCCGAUUCUCACGAGCAAGCCUUGAAGGAGGUGUUAUCAGGGGUUAGUGUCCUGGGUUUGUAUGGUUUUAUGUAUGUCAGGUCAGUACUAGAAGGUGUUAUCUUUGGGGAUCAAGUGGUGUCCUGGGUUCAUGUCAGGCCUGAACUGCCAUUUAGCAUGUAUGUAUGUAAGAGUUAUUCACAGAUGAUCUUUAGUUUUGGUGUAGUCUUGAGCUGGAAAUCUUGUAACAAACUCUCAAAUGUCUGCUGUUGGAUAGACUUGCUUUCACAUGAGCAUAGAAAGUCAGAAGAAACAACAUGGUGGAAAUUGUUGCACUGCCUGUCCGAUUCAAUCAAGCAAUCCAGAAAAAAAUUACAUCACGGAAAGAUUGGAUGGAGAUUAUUGAUUUGCCUGUCCAUUUCAUUGAGGAAGUUAGGAAAGGAAGUGAUUAAGCUGCCUGUCCAAGCUAACCUGUCAUGCCAUGUGUGAAGCAGCACAGUUGUCUCAGGGCAGAUGUGGGAGGGUUACCGCUGGACUUUCUCUUCUCAAGCUGUGCCACGUUGCAGAGCUGAUAAUUACUGAUUUGACUGCUCAAUGAAGCUUUGGAAUACUGUUCAAAGAUGUGCACAGAUAAAGAAGAAAACACUGAAGCCAUUAGUAGUUGAUCAUUCAGAAGUAUAAUGAUGUGAAAGUAUUUACCUUGAAGAGUAGUAGAGGCAGGAGUGUUUUUUAUAAUUAUUAUUAUCAAUAUUUGGAUUAUCAUAGUUCUUGUUUUGAUUACUGUUGUCUGUAUUCUAAGAUCGGGAAUUGCAUCAACACUUUGAUUUGUGCAGUGAUGGGUGAGUAGGCUGUGUGGUGAUUCUGAGUGUACCUCUUGCUGACAGGGAAACUAUUGACACCUUUCUGCUUCAAUCCUAUUUUGGAUAUCCUAAGAAAAGUUAACAAAAAUUUCCUACAACUAUUUAAUGUUAGUUGAAUUAAAGAAAAAAAAUUAUCAAUCCUACUUCAUCAGUUUAGAAAGUGGAAAAAUAUGUUCAUCAGAUGUUUUUUUUUUCAUUAUUCUCCGACGUUUGUGAUCCCACGCCACAGAUAAGAAAAGUGUAGUAUCCACCUCUAUUUAUCAGUCUAGUUUGCCUGUGGUUUGUAUCUUUGGAUAUGUAUAGGCAAUGGCUGUUCACUGAGUUAUAUCUAAGCCUGUUCUGGAUUAGUCAAGUAAUAUCUUAACCUGAACACCUUCCCUUCCUCCCUCCAUUCUCUCUGUAGUGUGUAGCUGCCUUUAUACUCUCUCUCUCUCUCUCUCUCUCUCUCUCUCUCUCUCUCUCUCUCUCUCUCUCUCUCUCUCUCUCUCUCUCUCUCUCUCUCUCUCUCUCUCUCUCUCUCUCUCUCUCUCUCUCUCUCUCUCUCUCUCUCUCUCUCUCUCUCUCUCUCUCUCUCUCUCUCUCUCUCUGAUGAUUUAUCCAUCACCUUCAUUGUUGAGUGCCCCAGCUGCUUAAUUUAUGGACUGGAGGAGGAGUUACUUAGUCGCAAUCAUCUUUUGUACAUACGCUGAUUAGGUGAAGGUUACGUAGGUGCACCGUGGAGCUGUCCGGCUUCACCACGACCGAUGUUAACAUUUGGAGGUGGAGGUGUCUUUCCUUAGUCAUCGCCCUUGGGUUCAGGGAGUUUGUCUGAUGUCCUGGUGUCCCUGCCUUUGUCCUAAAUUCUUGCCAAGUUGUCUGAGACGGAUUUGUUUAUUUUGGUAUGUGAGCUAAUGUGAUUUAUUUAGCAAGGAUGCAUUUGUGUGUCUCAGGAGCUCAUGUGAUACUUUGUGGUGUUAUUUUUAUUUUUGUUUGUGUAUUCAUUAUUAUUAUUAUUUUAUUUAUUUUUUUUUUUUAAGUAUUUUCAUGUUUUUUGUCCUUUGCUAUGCUUGCCAAAAAGAUCUUGUGUGAUUUUUCCAAAGGGGUUUAUAUUUUGGACUGCAUUUCCUCCCUCCCUCCCCCUCCUCACCCUGCUUCCAAGUUUUCUUUCAUUCAGAUUUUAUAUAAUUCCAAACAAUUUUUUUUAGCUAAUUUUCUUGAAGGAUUUUGUGUUGUAGGCAACUGGUCUUUUUGUUAUCAGUGUAAAGAUUUUUCACCAUUUAUAUAAAAAGAUAUUCUGUUUGUUUAUACUUUGGGUUUGGUAAAAUAUUGCAGGUUUGAAUUGAUUUGGUCUAUAGCUUUACUUUUGCAUUGAUCUUGUGUCUGCUUAAAGUGUACUGAAUUAAGAAUGAUCUGAAGUGUUUCCUGUGUAACUGAUCAGUUGUUGCCAGCAAAAAAAAAAAAAAAAUGCAAUCUACAGACACUGCUAACUAAAUUUGUGAAUAAUACUGUUGUUCAAGCUGCCAAUUUCAUUUGUUUUAUUCUGCUCCAAAUUUUUUAAAAGCUGCAUCUCACCUGUUGUUUGUUGUUUGUUCAUGUCAUCUUUUCUCAAUGUCUGAUUAUUGUUAAGUUCUCAAAGACAUUCCCCCUUGUCCUACAAAUUUCUAAUGACUUGUGUGUAUAUAUACGUAUACUAGAUAGAGUAUAAAGAAUUGAGUAAAACAUGUUUCAGGCGUAUGAUGAAGGGCAAUGGUACCUGGACUGACUUUUUGCUGAUGUGAAAAUGAGAGAGAGAGAGAGAUUAUUGAACAUUCCCAGUGCUUUGUGCCAACAGUUUCUUAUAAUCUGUUUCUUUUGCUUGUGUGAGCCAGUCUGCCUUGGGGAACAAACACAUACACUUGUCUUGCUGCCUGGCAUUUACUUUUCCCUCCACUAAGUAUUCACAAGACUUUAUAAGGGAAGGCACCCCCAGUAUCCUUAUAUCUGAGUGACUUGUUAAUUUUUUUUUUUAAGAUUGAGGGCUAUUCUACUUGGUAAACUUUUCUUCAAGGAUCUAGAGAAUGGGAUUAGGUAUAAUUACAUUCUUGUGUUUCCAGUGUUCUAAGGUCUUGUGUUAAUCCAUACUUUCUUUUAUCUUGCAAUACAUCCAAAAGUGAUUGUUUCUGUGCUGUUUUCUUUCUCUCCAUUCUGAAACCCAAUGCUAUGAAGAUAAUUCCUGUCACCAAGCUUGUUUUGUAUGAUCUACAGAUUCUUAGAGUGUUUUCUCAUGAUUUGGCAUCUUGUCGACUACUUUUGACAGGCUUUAGUGGAGACUGUUGCAGUGCUCAAAAGGGUUUCUGUGUUUCUAGUGAUAGUUUAACACAGACUGCACAGUGAGUGGGAAGACACCCUGGAGAACUCAACUCAUCAACUUAACUAAUCAACUUAAUGGCCCUUGAAAAUAGUCCUCAUUGGAGGUCAAAAAGUUUAAGAAUGCAGGCUGAGAAAUAUGACAUUGAAACAUUAGACACUUGCUGACAAUUGCUAUUACUUCAUGAGUCCAAGAAUCUGUUGUUUUCCUGCAAGCAAGCAAGGUGACAUGAGUUUGAUUGUUAAUAUUUUGUACUGAGAGUAAGGUAUUAUUACCAGUGUGUUAAGGUCACCUGGGAAUGGUAAUGUUACUGAAGUGAACACUUCAAAACACAACCCUUACAGUUUUAACUUAUUUGUUGGUCAAGAUCUCAAACUACCAAAAUAUCUUCUACAUCUGCAGAAAAUUAUUGUAAAUGUUGUAAUCUUCCUCUUUUGUAAUAAUGUCUCUAAAAUUGAUGUCUUUAGUCAUGAAAGAAUGAUACUACUAGUUGUAUCAGAUAUACUAUAUAUAUAUAUAUAUAUAAGUUGUUGAAUUUAUCAGAAAUAGCUUAAAACUAUGAUUUCUUAGUUAAUUUUAUUGUAAUUACAUAGCCAAAUACUUAUUGGUCUUUGUGUUGACAUUGAACUAAAGUGAACAGUAACAAUGAAACUAGAAAAACCAGAAAAAAAAACACUUUAGAACAGGAACAAGAGAAAAUAGUAAAAAAGAAUUAACAUCAAGACAGAUUUCCUUAUAUAGUGAGCUUGAUCUCAGUAAAUCUUGUUCUAAACUUUCAUCUUGGUACAAUGAUGGCUUUUGGCCAAGUGACACACCAUACACUGCUCCCUUCACCACGCUCACCAUUUCUCUCAAGUCUUGUGUCCUUGGCAGAAGAGAGAGAGAGAGAGAGAGAGUACUUGAGAUUGAAAAACAAACAAACAAAAAAUAUUCCCAAGCAUUUUGUUAACUUAUCAGAGCUUCUUGAUGCUGUCUGUUAGUGACUCAUCAUCUCUGUGGCCUUGGAGAAUUGUCUUUUGCUGAGAGUAGAGAGCCAAGCACAAUGGGAGUGUGUGUAGGAGGUCACUUGACUCCUGACCACCAACUGUACCACUGCUAUGAUGUUUUCCUUAACGUGUUUCUUUGUUUUUUGUUGGCUUUGUGCAUACGUUCUCAGCCUGAUUACACUUUCACUGCCAAUCUUAGCAGAACUAGGAACUAGCCACACUGUGUUAUGUGCAAUCCCCAUGUUUACCACAGUCAUUGUAACAUUAUCAAAAGUCUUUUAUCAUUGUUUUUGUACGUCUUAAGAUCAAUAUGUUAUAAUAUUGCACAUUCAUUUAACAAAUAUAAAAGCUCAAUAACCAGUUUUAAAAAUGCUGCCUAAUGUUGAAACUAUUACCAUACUACUGUGUUAGAGUGUCAAGCUUCACCAGGCAAGAGAAUGUCAUGAGGCCGGCUUCAGUGUUAUAGUUAUUGUCACUGUCUGUGGGACUUUUGUUGCUGGGUUUGAUUAAAUUAAUCUAAGGUUAACCUUUGUAUUGAGUUCUUACAAACAGCACACACACACACACACACACACACACACACACACACACACACACACACAGGAAGAAUGAAGAAGCUUUGCACUCUAACACGUUUACUAUUGUUUGUAGAGAAGAAAUCCCCUCAUGGAAGUAUUGGUUGUUGUUUGCAUUGAUCUUGGCUGGGCCAGCAGGGAGCCUUGGCCUUGCUGAGCAGAAGCCUAAGCCAUUUGGGUCAGGUGAAUCGGGACCAGACCAGGUCAAGAGGUCGUCUUUCCACAGAGGUCGUCACGUUGGUUAUUACUGCUUCUAUUGACCAGCUGCUGCAGAGUAUUACUGAAUAUUUACUUCAAGCUCUGUGUUCCUUAACUUUAAAACUCAUGCAAAGAAUGACUUAGACCUACUGAUUUGUAAUAAAACUUUAUCAAUCAAGAGUAUGCAAUAAAUUAUAUAUGAAAUA